UAAUUUAUAUAAUUCUAUUUUAUUGAAGAACUUAAAAAAAAACGGUCGGUGGAGGAGGAAACUGCGGAGAAACUUGCGAAGUCCGCCAUAUUGUAGAAUAAUACCCAACUGAUUCUGUACUCCUUUGUCAGUAGUGGAUAGAAAUUAAUGGCGUUGACUGGUGAUCGAAGAUCCCUGUACUACGCCAUAUUUGCUGUGCGUCAGGGCAUGUGUAAGUAGAUCCCGUUGUGAGUGACCGAGUAUAUCAUCUUCAGCGCAGCGCGCGGCUUUCGGCGGAUAUUUUCUGAAUGUAUAGAUUUGUUUUGCGGUAAAAGAGCAUUUUUUUACUUUCAUAGAAAUUUGUUGUUUACAUAAACGGACAAAUAAGGAAAGUACUUUGAAAAAAUCAUUAAAACGGCUUUACACUGGAUACCAAAGGAGGAAUGAAGACAUACGUUCGUAGGAGAAAAGGGGAUAGCCCAAGCAAUGUUAUUAUACAUUUGAAUGAACUCUGCCGGCUAUGUCUUGCCAAGGAAGAAGAGAUGGUGCCGAUAUAUGAUGAUGAUGCCGUACCGCUUCCUCUUAGAAUCAUGGCUUGUGUUAAUCUCGAGGUAUUUGAAGAUGAUGGUCUUCCGAAUAUGAUAUGUCAUCCUUGUAAGUAUCAGUUGGAGAAAUCUUAUCAAUUUAAAAAGAAAUGUGAAGCUGCUGAUAUAAAACUUAGAAAACAUAUAAAACUAAUUCAACAAUUAACUGGUCAAGAGGAUGACGAUAUUCAAAGCCAGGAUUCUCGUUCUGAAAGUGAUCAGACACAGUCUAGUAGUGGUAAAUCAAGAAGAGUCAAACAGUUAUUGGCUGAUUUAGUAUCGACAAAAAGAGACGUAACUAAUAACCAAGCAGAAGGUGAUCCUAUUGAGGUAACUGAAGAAGAAUUGGUUGGUGGGUACAUAUUAGGAAUGGGUGCAGAAAAUGCUGAUAUGGAUGAUAAUUUAUCAGAAGAUCCAGAAAACAUUACUCUGGUACCUGCAGAAGAAAGAUCAGCAAAAGCUCGUUGUACCAUUAGGGGAACAAGAAUAAAACAAGAACAAGAAUCAGAUGAUGAAGCAGAUGAAGUUCAGAGAGCAAUAGUUAAUGCUGAAAAUCAAAAAAUGUAUAUGAUGGAACUUCAAAAUCAACAACAAAAUCAAUCUCAAUUACAGCAACCAAUACAUCCUCCAAUCGUUGAGAGUGGUGAAGAACUUAAGGUAUUUCAAUGCGAUAAAUGUCCUAAGGCAUUUACUCGAAGAAUAAUGCUAAAGAGCCAUCAGUCUGUACAUAGUACCCAGCGUGGUUUUACUUGUCAAGCUUGUGAAAAAUGGUUCCCAACGCGAUCAGCUUUAGUGAGGCAUGAGCGCACACAUACUGGAGAAAAACCAUUUGGUUGUAAUAUUUGUCACCGUGCUUUUGCUCAAAAAGAAAUUCUUCUUCGUCAUCUUAUGACUCAUUCAGGUCAAAAACCUUUCCAAUGUCAACACUGUGAAAAAAGUUUUACCCAACGAGAAGCACUUAAGGUCCACAUGCGACGUCAUCAAAAACUCAAUCCAAAUGAUAUUCAAUUACAUCAUUGUCAGUUAUGUCCAAAAGCUUUUUGUCAUGCUUCAGGCCUUAGCAGGCAUCUUGUUUCGCAUACUGGCAGGACCUAUAAGUGUGUUGAGUGUGAAAAAUCUUUUACUGAUAAGAGUUCCCUUUUACGACAUAGUCGUAUUCAUGCACCAAAACAACUUAUAACGAAUUAAAUUUAAUUUU